UAAGUCGUGGAGUACGCUGAGUCAAUUUUCAUUCAGUGUCUUGCCGUUCGCGGCAAAAUGGAUACCUAUGUGUCACUUUCAUAUAAAAAAUUAUUCAAACUUUUGUUAAUCCUCUGCCCAAUAAUCGCGGUGCAUACGCAGAACAAUGAUCCGUACAAUGGUGGACGUUCUUAUGGUAGAGAUGGGGUUUUUGUGCCAGCGGGAGCACCUGAACGUCACACCUACGUCUACAAAAAUCGAAUGUAUGGCUAUCAGCCCAGUUACCUGGAUCCCAUAUAUAUGGGACCCACGCGUGCACCUGAGGACAGAUAUCGACCUGAAGAUGGACCAAGGUAUCCAAAUCUACCAGGCAUCCUCGGAGGAUGGCGUGAGGACCUUCAGGGUCGACAACGUGCAGACUCGAAGAGAUUAGAAAUAGAUCGAGAUGUAUUUGUUAAUACCCAUUACGGUCAGGUUCAGGGUUUCAAGGUUUAUCUUUAUGACCACCCUGAGGCGCGUCAUCGACCCUGGAAUCUACCGGUGGAGCGAGUGACGGGUCAUGCAAAUGUUUUCCUGGGGAUACCGUAUGCUGAGCCCCCGACCAAGCAGAAGAGGUUCAAGCCACCUCGUCCUCCGGCUAGAUGGGAGCUAGUGCAAGCUGUUGACUGGGGUCCAGCAUGCCCUCAGCCAGCUAAUUAUACUGGAGCAACAAAGGGCAUUCGUGAUGUCGAUGAGGAUUGUCUUUACUUGAAUAUCUUUACACCCUCUGUUGAGUCCAAUGUCGCCAAACUCUACCCAGUGAUGUUUUACAUCCACGGUGGUGAUUACAUUCAUGGUGCCAGCAACUUGUUCCCUGGACACAUGCUUGCUGCAUUCCAUAAUGUUGUUGUUGUAUCCAUAAAUUAUCGGUUAGGAGCUCUAGGAUUUUUGAGCACUGGAGAUGAAAAUAGCCCAGGAAAUUACGGGAUAUUUGAUCAGGCAGCUGCACUUCAGUGGGUUUAUGAGAAUAUUAAAGCCUUUAAGGGUGAUCCAGAGGCUAUUACAUUGUUUGGGCCUGGAGCUGGAGCUGCCAGUGCUGGAUUGUUGAUGGUUGCUCCUAGAACAAGACAUAUGGUCUCGAAAGUGAUUGCUCAAUCGGGCUCAGCCCUCGCGGAUUGGGCUCUGAUUGUCGAUAAAUAUCGAGCUCAGAACACGUCGCGAGUAUACGCUGAGAAAAUGGGGUGUAGUAUUGAGAGCAGUUACACCAUAGUUCAGUGUUUGACUUGGGGUCGUAGCUCGUACGAUUUGGGUAAUUCCAAUCUCCAGCCCCAGGUUGGUAUGUUGCCGUGGGCACCGGUGUUGGAUCAAAAUUUCACUGUGCUAAGGGAUAAUUACGACGACAAUUACAGAGCCUCUGAUUGGCAUUUUUUUACUGAAACGCCUGAAGAGAGCAUUAAACAGAAAAAAUAUCGGAAAGAUAUAGCAUACAUGGCUGGAGUUACCAUGCAAGAGGCUUCCAAUAUUUUAUUCAAUAAUGAUACGUUGGCACGUGGAGGAUAUUUGUUCAAUGCUGAUAUGUUUGAUCAGAAAAUUUGGGAGCUUGUUCUGAGGUACAAUUAUACCCUGAAUCCUUAUGGAGUUUAUGAGGCUAUUAAGUAUAUGUAUACAUACUGGCCGGAUCCUACGAAUGUCACGUUGAUUCGUGAACAAUACGUAAACUUGCUCUCGGAUUUUCUGUACGUCGCACCAUCCGAUAAAAUGGCAAAACUACUGGUUGAACGUAAAGUACCAGUUUUUUUGUACGUUUUGAAUACAACUAUUGAGGCACUCAAUCUGGAACAAUGGCGUCGCGUGCCUCACGAUAUUGAACAUCUGUGGCUAACAGGAGCCCCAUUCAUGGAUAAAGAGUUCUUUCCGGACAAGUGGAAGAUUAAUCGUGAAUCAUGGACGGACAAUGAUCGUAAUAUGAGUCUCUUCUUUAUGAAGUCUUAUGCAAAUUUUGCAACUUAUGGCAAUCCAACGCCAGCUCAGAUACUGGGCCUUCACUUUGAAGAGGCUAAACUCGGAUAUCUCAAGUAUUUGAAUAUUAAUACAACGUACAACAGCUCGGUACUGUUUAAUUAUCGACAGACGGAGAGUGCCUUUUGGUCGCAGUAUCUUCCGACAGUUAUUGGUAGAUUGGUGCCUACAUAUCCACCAGUCACUGAGUACUGGUGGGAGCCCAAACAACCACUGCAGAUUGCAUUCUGGUCGAUGUCAACAGCUUGUUUAUUGUUGAUCGUUCUGUCUGUUGUCUGUUGUAUGCUGUGGCGCAAUGCCAAAAGGCAGUCCGAUCACUACUAUAGCGGAGAUAUCCUGAUGGUCAGAGACGACGACUACUCGGAAGGAGUCGAGAAUAUAACUCAUGCAUCGAAAGACAAUCUCUACGAAUAUCGCGAUACACCAACGUUAAAAUCAAGAAUGCCGCGACAGAAUGAGGCUAAAUUACAAGAGCGUUUAGCUCAAAAUCGCAAGUUCAGUUCAACGCCUUCAUUGAGAAGUAAUUCCAAUGUAUCUCUGAAGGAUAUGAGGAGUGAGGGCUUUGUUACCAGCUCGCCAAAUGGCCAGCCAAGGCUCGGUAAAUCAUCGAGCCAAUCAACCUUGACCAAAGGUAAAACCAGGACGCAGGUCGUGCAGGGAAUACCUCAAACAGCUGUAUAAAAUUCAGAGCCAGAAAAAAUUUAUUGCAAUUCAAUACAUUUUCUCUAGAAAAUUUACACUUUUUUAAGUGCCUUUCACUAACACACGUUUGUGAUUUUUUUAUUAAAAAAAAUACAAUCACACUGAUCUCAUGGACGAGUUCAUGAAUGACGAAGGGAGAAAGCGAGUAAAUAAUUAUGCAGUGAUGAGUUUUAACGCAACGUAUCUUCACUGGGCUUUUGAAAUGAGCGAACAAAUCCCAACUGAACAGAAGUUCCAAAGAAGAUCAAAACGAUCCUACCAUUUUAUUUAACGACGAAAUUAAUGAUAAGCUGCUGGUGGCAAAUUAAUCAUCACGAUUCAACGUACUCUCGAGUAAGUCCACGUUUCUACAUCACAUAUCCGUCCAUUAAUGCAACGACCAUUGGCACGUACAACUAAUUUUAAUAAUUAUUGUAUUAUAUUGUUAAUGAAUAUAUAUUUAGAGACAUUGAGAGAAUGUUCUUCGAGGGAUUCAUUGAAAACGACCAAUUAGUUAAGCAACUUAGUCGAUCAUUUCGUACAAACGUCAUCAUUAAUUGUAGUUUAAGGGCAAUCGAAGAAUCAAAUGUUCACUGAAUCAUAUAAAUUAAAUGUAAAGACACUUUUUUAAUAAUUUUACACCGAUUUUUGUAAUAUAUAUGACCACCACGUCACGGAGCUAUCUUACCAUAAACUUAGCGAUAGAUUUAUUAACAUUGAAAUAUGUUAAAGUCUACCAGAUACACACAAAGUGUUCGAUUAAUGAAAUUAAUGUUGUAUUGUAUCAAAUACAUUUACACAACUUAUCGUUUAUAUUUCGUUUAUUGUAAUAGAGUAGGUGAAUAUAGCACAGAUUUUAUACGAGGCUAUGGAUGAAUAAAGAUAUGCAAUGACGUCA